GUUCAAAGUCAGGGGCCCCACUGUUCAGGGUGCCUGGCCCACUGCCCCGUCUGCUGCUCAGGGCAGGCGGCUGACCAUCCCGUGCCCACAGGCCGAGGAUGCAGCGCUGGAAGGCGGCGGCCCUGGCCUCGGUGUUCUGCAGCUCCGUGCUAUCCAUCUGGAUGUGUCGGGAAGGCCUGCUGCUCAGCCACCACCUGGGACCCGCGCUGGCCCCGCUGCGCCGCCUGCCUCGCACCCUGGACGCCCGGAUCGCCCGCCUGGCCCAGUACCGUGCGCUGCUGCAGGGAGCCCCGGACGCUGUGGAGCUGCGCGAGCUGACGCCCUGGGCCGGCCGGGCCCCGGGUCCACGCCGUCGGGCAGGGCCCCGGCGGCGACGCGCGCGUGCGCGAUCGGGAACGCGGCCGUGCGGGCUGCGCGAGCUCGAGGUGCGCGUGAGCGAGCUGGGCCUGGGCUACGCGUCGGACGAGACGGUGCUGUUCCGCUACUGCGCAGGCGCGUGCGAGGCGGCUGCGCGCGUCUACGACCUGGGACUGCGGCGCCUGCGCCAGCAGAGGCGCGUGCGGAGGGAGCGGGUGCGCGCCCAGCCCUGCUGCCGCCCGACGGCCUACGAGGACGAGGUGUCUUUCCUGGACGUGCAGAGCCGCUACCACACGGUGCGCGAGCUGUCGGCGCGCGAGUGCGCCUGCGUGUGACCCUACCUCAUCUGGCCGGCGAAUGGGCGCCCAGGCCCUCCCUCCCCGACGGCACCCAGCGGCCCGCAGGGAAACAGACUGCACGUGCUCGGAGGAUGGGAAGAUGCCGUCGAGCCCACAGACUCUCGCGAUAACUGAGUUGAGAUAAAGUGUGGGAA